GAGUGGGGGGAGGGGUUGCAGUGACGCCGGGCCGGAAGUCGGCAAGGACACGAGGUGGCAGUGGUUGCGAGUGGGGCGGUCCGCCAUGGCGUUGCCGUUGCUGGGGGAGCUCUGGGAUGAGCUGCCCGUGGAGAAGCGGAUCUUCUGCUCCGUGCUGCUCUUCUCCUGGGCUGUGUACCUGUGGGAAGCCUUCCUGGCGCGUCGGCAGAGGAAGGUAUAUAGAACAACAACACAUGUCCCAUGGGAAUUAGGACAGAUCAUGGAUUCGGAAACCUUUGAAAAAUCUCGUUUGUAUCAACUGGACAAAAGUACUUUCAGUUUUUGGUCGGGCCUGUAUUCGGAGCUAGAGGGCACUUUGAUUCUUCUCUGUGGAGGAAUUCCUUUCCUUUGGAAUGUAUCUGGACAAAUCUCUGGUCGUGCUGGUUUUGAACCAGAAUACGAGAUCGCUCAGUCAUUGGUGUUCCUGCUGCUUGCUACACUCUUCAGUGCGGUGACUGGCCUACCAUGGAGUCUAUAUAAUACCUUUGUCAUAGAGGAGAAACAUGGCUUCAAUCAGCAGACACUGGGAUUUUUUUUUAAGGAUGCCAUCAAGAAGUUUAUCGUGACUCAGUGUAUUCUGUUGCCUGUGACCUCUCUUCUGCUUUACAUUAUUAAAAUAGGGGGAGACUACUUCUUCAUUUAUGCCUGGCUGUUCACAUUAGUUGUUUCCUUGGUUCUUGUCACAAUAUAUGCAGACUACAUUGCCCCUCUGUUUGAUAAAUUCAUUCCACUUCCUGAGGGAGAGCUCAAACAAGCAAUUGAAAUGAUGGCAAAAAGUAUUGACUUUCCUUUGACUAAGGUCUAUGUUGUAGAAGGUUCCAAGCGUUCCUCCCAUAGCAAUGCUUAUUUCUAUGGCUUCUUCAAGAAUAAACGGAUAGUGUUGUUUGACACCCUCCUGGAAGAUUACUCUGCACUGAACAAAGAACACCCAGAAGGAGAAGACGGUGAAGAUGAUGACACAAAGUCCAAAGUCAAAAAUAAGAAGCAAGGAUGCAAAAAUGAAGAAGUUUUGGCAGUGCUUGGCCAUGAACUGGGUCACUGGAAGCUAGGUCACACUAUCAAAAAUAUUGUCAUCAGCCAGAUGAACUCCUUCCUCUGCUUCUUUUUGUUUGCAGUAUUAAUUGGUCAGAAAGAACUCUUCGCUGCAUUUGGUUUCUAUGAGACUCAGCCCACCCUGAUAGGACUGAUGAUUAUUUUCCAAUUCAUUUUUUCACCUUAUAAUGAGGUUCUCUCCUUUUGCUUGACUGUGUUGAGCCGACGAUUUGAGUUUCAAGCUGAUGCAUUUGCCAAGGAGCUUGGGAAGGCUAAAGACCUAUACUCUGCUCUGAUCAAAUUAAACAAAGAUAAUUUGGGAUUUCCUGUUUCUGACUGGAUAUUUUCAAUGUGGCAUUAUUCCCACCCUCCCCUGUUAGAAAGACUUCAAGCCUUGAAGGAUGCAAAGCAAGACUGACUGGAAUCAUUGUUGGUUCAGAGACCGUGCUUCCAUCUCAGAAGCAAAAUUCAGAGCUGUUUUUUAUUUUUUUAAAGUAAUCCUUCCAGUGUUCCCUGAUCUGAAUGCAGUUAGCUUCUGAAAUGUGUGUUAAAUUUACUGAACUGAAUUUUUAAGAAAAUAACUUGUGGGACUGAAUUUGGAGAAUAUAUUGUAUAAAGGCUUUUCCUUUUCACUAAAUUUUAUCUUUAAAUGACAGAACACUUCGAGGGAAAGCAAUUCCCCUUGUCCCCAGAAGCAAACACCCCUUGAGUUUGUGUAAAUUUUGAAUGUGGCUUUUGACAUUUUGACAAUUUCUCAGUUUUUUGUAAAGUGAACUGUAGCUUUUCGCCCUCAUCAGUUUGAUUGGCGGCACUGUGCUCCUAAUUCACAGUGAAAAAGGUUUGGGUGACUUAACUCCUCAUGUGACAAAUGCUUAUGCUAGUUAAUCACUGUUCAAAUGUAUUUAAAAAGUGGCUGUAUUGGAUAGAAGGCUCACCUUUUCCAUGGAUUCAAAUUCCUGUGUGCAAUGAAUGAAAAAGCUACUUUCAUAGGUAUAAUAAAACUGCCUCGUCUUUCAAUGGAGGAAUAACAAUAAAUUCCAUCUCCAGAA